AUGGCGCAGAAAUUAUCAGACUCACUCAAUCGAGCUUUGCCAGACCAUGAGCUGGCAAUCGGUGCCUUGCUCGACGACCACGGUAUAUCCCAAGCUGUAAACAAUGACUCGGCGCGUCAUGCAAUCCUACAACUGGUCAAUGACCUCUCAUUUUAUCUUCCCUGCGAUGUUUUCGCGCAAUUUUUCCCAGGAAGAAGAGGGGAAGCUGCGCACAUUGUGGACGUGUCAUUUUUAUUCAAGAAUUUCGAAGAAUUUCUUCCAACACGCACCAAGGACGUGGCAGAGACGUUCAGUGAUAACAUCAUAGAAUUCAUCAGCGGCGAAGCGCCCUGGCAGGCGAGCUCAGGCAAAAAUCGCGUGGCAUUAGUAUAUGGAAAUGACGCUGGAGCUGGGCAAUUGUGCAAGGACGAGCUGGAAUGUGUCGGUAGAAGGGCAACUAUUUUUCGGUAUCAAGACUCGAUCCGCUAUGACGCGCUUCUUGAUGCCGUCAGCAACUUCCUGGCUGGGAUGUAG